AGAGAAGUGAAUGUGAUGCGGAAAUUGCUUACAGUGUCAAUUAUAAUUAACAGUGAAUAAAGAAAAAAUAAUUAAUUAUUUUACCAGUAAACACUUGUAUAUUGCCAUAUACAAGUUUGGAUGUGAGUGCUUCAUAAAGUUAAGCGUAAUUUGAAUAUUGUUGAUAUUGGUUAUGUUUCCUUAAUAUUGUCAACGGUUUUUUGAAAGCCCGCGAAUCCAUCAGUUACAAUAACUGAUGUAUUCUUUUCCCGCGCUAAAUAAUCGUGUUACGUGUUUUAACCAUUCCGAAAUAGUGAUAACUAAAGUGUAUUUAAUUAAACAAUUUCUGGGAAAUUGUAUUAAUAAUGAACACAGUGCAGAACUUCUACAAUCAACAGUUUGGUUUCAAAAAAUGGGAUCAAUAUGAUAAUGUAUUGAGGCGUUUACGAUGCACAAGAGAUGAAGAAUUCAAAGGUAUAUGGGGUGAAGAUGAUAGCUCAGAGUCAGAAGGUGCUACCCCCAUAUUUGCAUGCAAAUUUGCUCAAAAGCAAGGAUCUGAAAAUUUAUUGGCAUUGGCAAAUGAAGAUGGUCAAUUAGUGGUACAUGACACUAAUAAAGUAGAGCCACGACAAGGGAAACAGAUCCACCACAAUGCUAUAUUUGAUAUUUCAUGGCUCUCUGACUCGCUGAAACUGGUGACUGUAUCUGGGGAUCAUACAGCAAGAUUAAUUGAUGUGGGUGGAGGAGACAUGAGAACAGAGCAGAUGUUCACUGGACAUUCAAGAUCAGUAAAAACAAUUGCAGUUAAAACCAAUGACUCUUCGAUUUUUGCGACUGGUAGUCGAGAUGGUAGCAUCAGGGUUUGGGAUACGCGUUCCAUACAAGCAUCUAAUUUAAUUGCAGCAUCUGAUAGAGUUAUCCAGCAUUCACACUGCAAAACAACGCCUACUACAUGGAAAAAGCGAUUAAACUAUUCAUCGAGCAGCGUAUCGGCUGCAAACUCAGUGACCGGCCUUGUUUUCCAGAACGACAAUACGCUGAUUUCCUGCGGAUCCGGAGACGGUUUAAUCAAAGUUUGGGACCUGCGGAAAACUUACACAACGUUGAAACACCAGCCAUCAGCUAAACAUGAAAUACCAUAUUCAGGUAGCACCACAAGAAACGGCUUCAGUAAUCUCAUCUUAGAUCCUUCAACGUUGAAAUUAUAUGUAAAUUGUUUGGAUAAUACGAUUUACUGUUAUAAUGUCGCUACUUACAAUACGCAGCCGGUUAUGGAAUAUAAAGGUUUUCAAAAUUCCACGUUUUACAUAAAGUCGGUGCUGAGUGACGACGGCAAGUAUUUGUUAAGCGGAAGCAGCGAUCAAACUGCGUACAUUUGGAAGAUUAAUCAAUCGGAGCCGAUAAUCAAACUCUCAGGACAUACAGCAGAAGUUACUUGCGUGGCUUGGGGUAAGGACACCAAAGCUCUGGUAACAUGCUCCGAUGAUGUGCGGCAUAAGAUAUGGAGGAUAGGGAAUGAGUAUCCUCCAGAUAACUGGGAAGUCAUAGGACGCGGUUAUGCCGAGUCCGUCGCCAAAAGUCCCAUUAAUUGUAAACGUUUUAUUGAGGAAAAUGAAAAUACGCCUUCUCAGCCAAAGCGAUUCCGAUACAGUAGCAGCAGUAAAAGAAAACUAGACGUUGACGAUGGUGGUAACAGUGCCAAACGAUUUAAUUCAGGACGUAGAUUGUUUGAUGCAACGAAUAGCGUCGCAUCUUGUUCCACUGUAGAUGAUGGCCCAUUGGCAACAAUUUUAGAAAGUAUGAACAAAACUCCGCCAACAAACGGAAGAAAGCGUUUGCUCGUAUCUACCCCACCAGAAGUGUUUUCACCGACCACAAACUUACCCAACUUUGCCAUUGAUGGAGAAGCUCCGCAUUUACAUUGCUCACCACAAAAGAAGCAAGAUUGUGAUUGGCUGACGAAAAUGAGAGUUGAACGAAGUUUCCUUCGACAAAACCGAGAGCUAGUUAAUUCAGGUGCACCUCCUCUUAAAGUGCCACGUUUAAUCAGUGAAAGCAGUCCUAGGGGAUCUAGCAGACAACCGAAGCGACGAAAAAGCAAAUGCGAUUCACCGCAAACACGAAUAGUGGAAUAUUUCAGAGCUACAAGUAAUAGCAUUAUGAAAGACGGUCAGUGUUCUCCCAGAUCAUCGUUAUCGCAAACAACGCAAAACUUGACAAAUAGAUCUAAUAAUAAUUAAAUUAUUAGAUCUAUCAAACAAAACCUGACCCUAUUGUGAUUAAUCAUCUCAUCUCAUGUUUCGUAUCGCAUUUUACAUUUACUCGUAAUUCUAUACUGAUAUUACUACUAAACUCUUGUUUUUUUUUCCUGGGGAAUUGAACAAAAGUCAUAUAAACAUUUGAAAUUUUAUUGUUCAUUUUUUCUUAAUGAAUUACACGACCAGUGAUAAUAGGAUAGUGAUCGUAUUAUUAAAUAUUUAUUUAUGUUUGUCAAUACAUCUAUAUUUUGUCAAUAAAACAAUU